AUGAAGCGUCUAUCUCGCGUUCUGGGCCGAAGCACCUUGGACCCAAAAGUCGAACAGCUGUCUGCAGUGCAGCCCCCUGUCGUAUUGAACGGUGUGGAAGUCGCGACAGUGCAAACAGCACCUGCUGAGCCGUGGAUUCUGGAGGAGCGCUCCAUUGACGCAACUCGCCCCAUGAGGGUCGUUGUCAUCGGUUCUGGCAUUUCAGGAAUCAUCGCCUCUAUCCGUCUCCGUCAGAGAAUCGGCAAGCUUGAUCUAUGUGUCUAUGAGAAGAAUGCCGAUAUUGGAGGGACGUGGCUUGAGAAUAGGUAUCCAGGAUGCGCUUGUGAUAUUCCGGCCCACACAUACCAGGCUACAUUCGAGCCAAAUAAGGACUGGUCAACCUUUUAUGCCGCCGCGCCAGAAAUUCACAAGUAUUGGAAGCGCGUGUCGGACAAGUAUGGCUGCGAAAAGCACAUCCAGUUCAAGCGCCAAGUUGUGGGCGCGACUUGGGAUGCCGCAGCAUGCAAGUGGAAAUUGCAGGUCAAGAACAUUGACAGUGGAAAGAUCCUCGAGGAUACCUGCGAUGUCGUUGUCUCGGCUAGCGGUGCGCUGAAUGAGUGGAAGUGGCCUUCUAUCGAGGGUCUGCAUGAUUUCAAGGGGAAGCUUUUGCACAGUGCGUGCUGGGACGAGAGUUAUGAUUAUAGCGGCAAGCGAGUUGCUGUUAUUGGAAAUGGGUCCAGUGGAAUUCAGAUUGUGCCUGGGAUGUUGCCCAAGGUCACACAUUUGGACCACUAUAUUCGAGGGAAGACGUGGCUUUCGCCUACCUUUGCGCGCGAGCAGAUCGAUAAGCGUAAUUCGGAGCUUGAGAACUUCUCAUUUACGCCAGAGGAGAUCGAAGCGUUCAAGAAAGAUCACUCGGUAUACCAGAAAUUCAGAAAAGAAAUUGAGAAAGAGCUACAAUCCGUGCACGGUGCCACGCUUGUGGGAACUCCAGAACAGCUGGGAACCACGGAAUUCUUCACAGAGAACAUGAAGCGCCGACUACGACGGAAGCCCGAGCUCGCCGACGACCUCAUGCCCGCAUUCCCACCAAUCUGCCGUCGGCUGACUCCCGGCCCUGGCUACCUCGAGGCUCUGACUGACGACAAAGUCGACGUCAUCUCAAGCCCCAUCGUCAAGAUCGUCGAAGAUGGCGUCGUCACUGCCGACGGAAAGCACCAUCCCACCGAUGCUAUCGUCUGUGCCACUGGCUUCGACACCACAUUCACGCCACGAUUCCCCAUCACCGGUGAGAAUGGUCUGUCCCUCGCGAAGCGAUGGGAGGAAACGCCGGAGAACUACCUCUCGCUUGCUGUGGAUGGGUUCCCCAACUAUUUUAUCUGUCUUGGACCCAACGCGGCCCUGGGUGAGGGGAACCUGUUGCUUCUUAUUGAGAAGGAGAUCGACUACGUCACCUUCUGUCUACAGAAGAUGCAGCGCGAUAACAUCCGGGCGAUGCAGGUUCGCAAGGAGGCUGUGGAGCGGUUCAGAAGGCACUGCGACCAGUACUUCUCGCGAACGGUGUUUAGCAUGGAGUGCCGCAGCUGGUACAAGGGCGGUUCCUUGAAUGGGCGAAUCACAGCAUUGUGGCCUGGCUCUUCUCUCCAUGCAAUGAAAGCCCUCGCUUAUCCUCGGUGGGAAGACUACACUUAUCAGUAUGUCAAUGACAACCCCAACGGCUGGAUUGGGGACGGAUGGGCAGAGGACGAGCGGAAUAAGAUCAUCAAUGUCGACUACCUGGACGACGACCAGAUUGACUUUCCCACGGCUGUGAUUGCAAAGGCGAAGGAGAGCGUCAUGGAGCAUGUCAACGGUGUCAACGGCGUGGCGCAUUGAGUGUAUUUGUUUUUUAGCGUGUAUAUAAAUGUGCUUGGAUCUCAAUAUCAACUACUACCCCGAAUGCCA